CGGGGCCACGACUCCUGGCGGAAAAAGCGAGGGGCCGAUUCGGGCAUGCGCGAGGGCAAGGCAACGCCGCCCGCGCUGGGUCCUAGCGCCUUCUCGCCGCCCCGGGUCAGAAGCGGGGCUGGAGCGAGGUAGCCCUUCCGUGGGAGAUGACGGUCCGGCCGGGAUCCGUGGUGGACGGCGACUGGGCCGGCACGGAGGAAGGCAGAGCUUACAUGGGCGCGCUCCUGCGCCGGAGGCAGCGCCGGAGCUUCGGGCUGCUGGAGAGGCCGGGGCUGGCUCCGCACGCCGCUGCCGACGUCGCCGGCUACAAGGUCUUCGUCUCGGGCAAGAGCGGCGUGGGCAAAAGCGCGCUGGUGGCCAAGCUGGCCGGGCUGCCGCUGCCCCUGAUGCAUCACGAGACCACAGGGAUCCAGACCAGCCUGGUCUACUGGCCAGCCAAGCUGCGGGAGAGCGGCAAGGUGCUCUUCUUCAAGUUCUCCUUCUGGGACUGCGGCGAAGCCUUGCUGAGAAAGUUUGACCACAUUUUACCCGCCUGCAGAGAGAAAGCGGACGCCGUCCUCUUCUUGUUCUCCUUCACGGAUCGGGCCUCCUUUCUCGACCUCCCUCAGCAAAUCUCUCGCGUGACAGACGGGACCAGGGAUGUGGUCCGGAUGGUCGUGGGCACCAAGUUCGACCAGUUUGCCCACACGGACGUGACGGAAUCGGACAUGGCGGCUUUCUCCCGCACCUGGGGUUUGCCGAUCUUGCGGACAAAGAGUGUCGGCGAGCGGCACUCGGACGGAUACGCCGGCCUGGUCGAGGUGGCCCCUCUCUUGAACAGGCUGGCCGAGCAUCUCUGGAGGCAGGACCAGGUGGCUGCUGGCCUGGUCCCCCGAGGGGCGAGCCCUGCCGUCCCGGAAGCGCUGGUUCCAUGAAAUCCUCAUUUACUGCAAGGGCUUCGUUUGCUUGAUGGCUGCUCUUCACUGCCUGUAAACCCCAAUCUUUGCAUCUGCUGGCAGGGAAAACCCUGGGGCUGAAUUCUGGGUUCCCUCGGUGGUAGAAGUGCACCAAGGAGGAAGAGGGGACAGAAGGCAGCCUGGGGUGGGGGCAGACCUCCACAGAUCCAACUUAUAAGGCUCCCAAGAGUGUUGCAGGAUUCGUGCUAGGUUCUCUUGCCAGGCAAAAGAGCAGAACUGGGUCUGAUCAGCAGGGGAAAAAGGGUGGCUUUUCAACCCCGAAUUCUCUCUAGUCACAGACGCCCCAGGAAAACUCCCACCUCUUUCCGGAGGUCGUCGUGAGCAAGUCAACAUUCAACGCACAUUUUUGUUGUCCACGUUCGGUCCCUUUUUCCACUGUCUUCGUGCAAGCGAGUUAAUAAAUAUUUUGAACUUA